AUGAGUCUUCGUGUUGCGAAUGCUACUGUGCCGGCACCAAGCCGUGAGGCAUAUAGUCCAAUUGGAAGACCACUCCAGGUAUCUCAUGCAAACUGGGCACUUCCCAUAUCAAGCUAUGCCAAAGCAGCAUUUUCAUCUAGUGGCAUUUAUCCAUUGCAAGACUUAAGCUAUGGUAAAAUGAUGGGUACGCAGUAUAGCCCAUUAACAUUCGGAUCGCCGGAUGAAAAACGUAGCUCAAGUGAAUCGAGCUAUCUUCAUGACGCACUCGCUAGUGGAAGGGAUAGUUUGAAAAUCUUUACAAGGACUUUAGUAAAGAAGAUCGUUUUUAAUAACAAGACCGCUACUGGGGUUGUUGUGGCAGCAAAUGGCAUAGAAUGGACGAUUGAAGCUAAGAAAGAGAUCAUAUUUUCAGCAGGCGCUGUGGUCUGUUUGCGAACCCUUGGUAUUGAAGUCCUCAUUGAUGCGCCGGGUGUUGGUAAGAAUAUGUGGGAUCACGUUUCCAUAUCAAUUGUCCAGGAAGUCAGCGUUGAAACACAGAGUGGAAUUUCCGUUUCAGUAAAAGCGCUGAAAGCAGCACAGGAUUAUGAUCAGACUCAUUCUGAUAUCUUGACGAGCAGUGGCGCCGACUAUAUCGGCAAAAUGGGCAAAGCGAGCGAUCCAAACGCGGUCGUAGACGCAAGCGCAAGAGUCAUCGGUGUAAAUUCCCUGAGAGUUGUCGACGCGUCUGCGUUUCCUCUCUUACAAGUUACCUCCAGGACAACCACAAGCUACUAUUUAUGCAUUUGCAGAGAGGAUCGAGACGAAAACAUUUCGAGGACAAUAAAUGUUAAUUAG